AACAAGGAGGAAGCCGCUCAGGUGGCGCAGCGGUAGAAGACAUGCGCUGCAACCAGAGCUGGAUUUCGAAGGAGCGUAGUUUCGAAUCCAGCUCUGCCUUCCCGGUCGAGGCUGGGCGGCUAUGGACAACGAUUGGCCUGUUGUCCGGGUGGGGGGCGGGACUUGAGACCGUAGGGGAUGCUCUCUCAGGAACGGGGCGGUUGCGCCCUCUGCUGGCUGGUUGGUGGCGCCUGUAUGGAGACGGGAGGGGGUGUGGCGGAGUGUGUGAUCCUCCGUGCACAGUACUCUGCCACGCUACACUCGUCAAGUGUGGGUGAUAAGACGGUCGAUUGGCUGUGCACGUUUCGGAGGAGGCGUGGAACGGCCUCGUCAGCCCCAAUCAGGAGCAGGAAUCCGCACUAAUGAGAGGAUGAUAGAUGGGAUGAAAUUGGACGUGCUAAAUUUAUACAAAAAAAAAAAAAAAAAAAAGAGGAGGUGGUUUUAAUGUUAUUGCUGAUCUGUGUAUUAGCACUAUACUGGCUCUGCAAUAUUCAACACUUUAGUAAUGUCUAACACUGAUGUUAUGCUAAAUUCAGCACCCCUGCUGUCAUGUGCAUCCCAGAACAGAAACAGGGAACAGGGAAACCUUUAUGCAUUUAAAUCAUGAAUAGGGGACUAGGGUUUUGUGACCCCCCUAAAAAUUGGGUCAUGUCUGGCAACCAAUUUUUCGAAUAUGAAAUGCAGAAAAUAUUAAAUAAAUGUGGUCUAUGUAUCUGUCAGCCAAUCAGAUCUUACAUGGGCCACAGGGAAGGGCGAGGGUUUCACCAGUGCUUUUGCAAACAUGUUUGCCACUUCAUAUAAAGCUUCUAGGGCAUCAGUGGCUAGCUUGCUCAUAUAUUACAGCCUUUCUGUUCCUUCGCUAAAAGAACUGUACAGAUUUAUGAACCAGGAUGUCUCACCUCUUCAUUUUGACAAUGUCACAGCUUGGCACAGAUUGCGGGUGGUCCAUUGAAUUUUCAGCUUGGCACGAGAAGCCGUAUCUUCUAUAGUCUUUCUGAUAACCUUCCACUAAGUGUUGGAAUAUCCAGGGUCGUACCUGAGGAUGCUUGUGUAAAAACAUACCCACUUGUAGAUGCCUCCUCUGAACUUUUUAUUGGCUUUUUCUGGAGCCACCGUAUUAUUUUUUGCCUUUUUAUUUUUUAAACUCAAACAUUGUGAUUUUUUUUCUUUAAUAAAGCAGGAAAGAUCUGAGUUUGCAUAGACGGAGCAUCCGGUCUAUUUCUUUAUUUUAGAUGAACAGUAAGGAAACACUUUUAAUUGUGCAUCUCUACCUUGCGAUGGAUUAAAAUGUUUAAAUUAUUUUUAAAAACAGCGGGAUAGGCCGCUCAGGUGGCGCAGUGGUAACAGUAGACUAGCACACCAGAGUUGGGGUUUCGAAUACAUCGUAUCCAAUCUCAGCUCUGCCUCCCGACUGGGCUGGGCGGCUGCAUGAACAACGAUUGGCUGUUGUUUAUAGGGUUAGGGGUAAAAAAAAAGUCGGAUCAUAGGUCCUCAUAACUGGUGCAACUGUGGCCGCUGAUGGCACCUGCACAGGGCUGAGGAAUAAUGCGGAUGGGGGUGUGGCUCUCCGUACACAGUGGCCGUCGGUGUAUGAACUCGACUUGUGCAGGUGAAAAAUGCAGUCUGUACUGACUGUACGUGCCGGAGGGGGCGCAUGUUAGUUGAGAGGCGUCCUCAGUCAGCGGUGAAGGGUCGAUUCAGUAUAGAGGACGCAAUCGGGGUAAUUGGACAUGACUAGAUUAGGGGAAAAAAGUGGGGGAAAAUAGAAAAUUCAAAAAAAAAAACAAAAAAAAAACAGCUGGAUAUUCCACUAGCUCACCAGCACGGAGAUUCUGAACUCCUCGGUUCGAAACUCGCCGUUGCCACCGGUCUGGCGGGCUUAAUUGGCAGUGCCUGCAGCAGAUACUAAUUGGCCACCGUAUAUACAGUCUGGGGGCCGGACUGUGUGUCGGUGGGUGGGUCUUCAUAUGCUGUGUAGGGACCAUGAUUGGCGGAGGAGAUGCCUCGGAUAUUAUUGUGAUUGUUGGCUACUUUGUAGUCAUCAUUGGAGUGGGAAUAUGGUCGAUGUUUAGGACUAAUCGUGGCACAGUAGGUGGCUACUUCCUUGCAGGACGGACCAUGGUGUGGUGGCCGGUAGGUGCUUCUUUAUUUGCGAGCAACAUAGGCAGUGGCCAUUUUGUUGGCCUGGCUGGAACAGGUGCUGCCAGUGGGAUCGCUGUAGGAGGAUUUGAAUGGAAUGCUUUAUUCAUUGUAUUGCUGUUGGGAUGGCUGUUUGUACCAGUCUAUUUAACAGCUGGAGUAAUCACUAUGCCGCAAUAUCUGAAGAAGAGAUUCGGUGGGACCAGGAUCAGUCUGUAUCUCUCGGUUAUCUCCCUAUUCCUUUAUAUCUUCACAAAGAUUUCUGUGGAUAUGUUCUCUGGAGCUGUGUUCAUACAGCAGGCGCUUGGAUGGAAUAUCUACAUUGCAGUCAUUGCUUUGCUGUCCAUUACAGCUCUCUAUACUGUCACAGGUGGGUUGGCAGCUCUGAUGUACACGGAUACUGUCCAGACCUUUGUGAUCAUCGCUGGCGCCUUCGUCCUAAUGGGCUUCUCUUUUUAUGAGGUUGGAGGCUACAAUGCCUUAAUUGAGAAAUACAGUUCAGCUCUACCUUCGAUGACGUCCUCAGAUCCUCAACUCUUAAAUAUCUCCGCACACUGUUACACUCCGCGUGAUGACGCCUUCCAUCUGCUGAGGGAUCCUGUGACUGGAGACCUGCCGUGGCCCGGUGUGCUGUUUGGAAUUGCCAUCGUUGGAGGAUGGUACUGGUGUACUGACCAGGUUAUUGUGCAGCGGUGUUUGGCUGCCCGCAGUCUGACCCAUGUCAAGGCUGGAUGUAUCUUGUGCGGAUACCUGAAACUUCUCCCCAUGUUCCUCAUGGUGUUCCCUGGCAUGAUCAGCCGAGUGCUGUACCCUGAUGAGGUCGGGUGUGUGGUGCCAGCAGAAUGUAAAAGAGUGUGUGGGACAGAAGUCGGCUGCUCCAACAUUGCGUACCCUAAACUGGUGGUCUCUGUCAUGCCCAGAGGUCUGAGGGGAUUAAUGCUAGCCGUCAUGUUGGCGGCCCUCAUGAGCUCCCUAGCCUCCAUCUUUAACAGCAGCAGCACUCUCUUCACUAUGGACAUCUGGACUCGGAUCAGGCCUCAGGCCCGAGACAAAGAGCUCAUGAUAGUCGGCAGGGUAUGGGUGCUCUGCAUCGUUGCAAUCAGCAUUUGCUGGAUCCCUGUGGUCCAGGCUGCUCAGAGUGGGCAGUUGUUUGACUAUAUCCAGUCAGUUACCAGCUACUUGGCGCCACCUAUAGCAGCUGUCUUCUUUCUGGCUAUUUUUGUGAAGAGAGUCAAUGAACAGGGGGCUUUUUGGGGCCUAAUGGGAGGCCUGGCCAUGGGCUUGUGCCGCAUUGGACCAGAGUUCUACUUUGGAUCAGACAGCUGCCUCUUUCGUUCCAAAUGUCCUCCUGUCAUUUGUGGGGUUCACUACCUGUAUUUUGCAGUGCUGCUCUUCUUCUGUACUGGCAUUCUGGUAAUCCUUGUGAGCUACAACACGCCACCUAUAGACGACCGACAUCUUCAUCGGCUUGUCUUCAGCCUGCGCCAUUCUAAGGAAGAGAGGGUAGAUCUGGACUGGGAGGAAGAGGAACGAGGAAGGAAUGCCCGCAGAGCGGCAGAAGAAAAAAAUAAAGCCACGUGUGCUGAGAAUACAAGCGAAAAUGGAAGUAAAUCUGGAAUCGGCCGCUUGAUUGACUGGUUUUGUGGCUUAAGUGGCUCGCAGGCACCUGAGCCGACUGAAGAAGAAGUUAAAGAAGCAGCUAAAGAAUUGCCUGAUAUAAGCGAAGACCCUCUAUGGAAGCACUCGGUCAAUGCUAAUGCUCUUAUUAUGAUGGCUGUGGCUAUCUAUUUUUGGGGGUUUUAUGCUUGAAUGGAACCAAGUUUUUUUUUUUUUUUUUUUCAUUGUUUCACAUAAUUGAGGUGCUAAUUCUACUGAAAUCCUACUAAAAAUGUGUAUAUAUUUCUAUUUUUCAAAUGAUUGUGGUACUAUUUACCACUACUUACCAUUCACAGUUGCACUAAAUAUGGAGCAUGAUGAUAAUAACUACUAUUUAACUUGAAUUAUUGUUUCCUUGCUCCAAGUCACCAUGAGUUAUUGGGGUUUAAUUGCAUAGCUGAUUAUACACACACUGCAUUUUCAACAGUUAAUACCACACUUUUCCAACCAUUCGACAAUCUUUGUAGACGCAGAGCGUGUGAUUGUCUGGCCUGCCUGCAGUCCAGAUUUGUCUCUUGUUGAAAAUGCAUAGCACAUAAUUGGAGGAUAAACUGUUGAACAAUGAAAAUCUUUACUUUGUACCUUUGUCAUUUAAAUAAACGUUUGAGAAAAUGAAA